UCAGCGUCAAAAUUAAUGUCCAACGUAAAUUCGUUAUUUGCCUCGGCGUAUGUUUAUCACUGGCCCCACUUCUUCAGAGGCAAAGAGUUAUAUUAUCCACCCUCAUUUGAUGCUCGUGUUGUGUUGUAUCCAACCGAUAAGAAUUUAAGGGAUUAUCUAUCUUGGCGACAGGCUGAUGUACAUGUCAAUAACUUGUAUAAUACUUGCUUUUGGAAUCUUAUUUUGAAGGGAAAAUUAACUCCGAGUCAGGCAGAGGAAAAACUUAGAGGCACUCUGGCAGCACAUAAGAACGAGUUGCUUUUUCAAGAAUUUGGUAUAAACUAUAAUAAUGAACCGCCUCUGUUUCGAAAGGGUACGACACUUAUUCGAAAAUUAGUGCCCGAUGGUAUGGGAAGAUUGAAACCUGCAAUAGUUCCUUUGGUAGACGAUAUUAUCGGUGACCGUUUCUGGAAAGAAAAUCCCGAAGUAAUUGGUUUGAAGAGUUUAGCAACUUAUCAACCACCGAACUUAACGACUACCAUUAAGAAUACAAUAUCUGCGCCCACUCCUCCUUUGCCUACCAUGGUAAAACGUGAGAGCAAUGGUCCUUUGUCUUCACAAGUGAAUAAUGUAAAUUCAGUCAAUGAAGAAGUGCAUUCUAAUAGGGGCAGAGAGACAAAUGAAGAUCGAAUACAGUGUGAGAAUGAACGUAUUUCUAGGAGAUAAGUUUGUAUAUUAUCCUUUUUUAUACAAUAAAAUCGACUGUAUACUUGAUGACAAA